AUGUUGGGUUCCUUGGAAUCUUGCAUCUAUGAAAAUUUCAUGGAUGGAAGACUAAAAGCUAGGAAACCAAAGGCACCUGGUUAUGUAUAUAGAGAUGAGUUGGAUAGGAAGGCUUCACCAAACAAGCUAAAGAGAAGUGAUGACGUUGACCCACAACCAUUGCUUCAAAAAGAAGUUGAGAAGCAUUCUGAGAGAAAAAGCAGUAGCAGUGGUUGUGUUGAGGGGAAAGGUGGGCUUAGAGUUAAAAUUGUGAUGACAAAAGCAGACGCGGCUCGCCUCUGGCAAAGUCUAAGGAUGGAGGGUUUCUCGAAUUCAAGGACGUAG